AUGAAGAGCAAAAUUGUUUCAUCUGGCACCCCUGGCGACUCUGGCGACUCUGGCGACUUCGGUCUGGGACAGACAGACGCAAUACCGAACGGCGUUCCAGCAUGGACUCAAUACAUGCCAGGGCCAUCCCCGAUGUACCGUUUCGUUGGGCUGCCUCCUAAGGUCUCGAGAAUUGGCGUAGUUGCUUGCGGAUGCUGCAUCAUGUCACUUUCAGGAUACAAUCUCGCACUCAUGGGCAGCAUUUCCGGUUUAGACUCGUACCUCCAAGUCGUCGAACUCACAGACGGAAGCAAUCAUACUCAGCUUCUCAUCGGCCUGAUCAACUGCGUCUACUGGAUUGGUGUCAUCCUCGGCGCCCUUCUCGUUGGUUCGUUCUCAGAUCGCGUUGGCCGCCGACGUGCCAUUGUCCUUACUGGAAUCUUCACGGUUGCCAUCAUUCCAACGUUUGCAUCUCUGCAGAGCUUCCCAUGGGCUCUGGCGCUUCGUUUCCUUAACGGGUGCGCUACGGGAUCCUUCGAUUCUGUGGGACUGAACUGGUCAGCUGAAAGCGCUGAUCAUCGCCACAGAGGCCGUAAAAUGGGCAUUUUGAUGUGCUGCGCUGCUACAGGCGCGUCCAUCGCUUACUUCAUCCCGUAUGGUUUGGCCAAGCACACUACAGGCGAGAUAGUCUGGAGGCUGCCGAUGUCAUUUCAGCUGAUUUACGUCAUCACUGUCCUGUCUAUGGUGUGUUUCCUGCCUGAAUCGCCACGCUGGCUCGUCAAAGUCGGCUUCAUCAAUGCAGCCCGGGAUGGUCUCCGGAGUGUCAAGUCCAUCGAAGAUCCCAUUGAGCUUGAGGAGACUGUGGAGUCCGAACUUCUUUCGAUUGCACAGGCGAUAGAGACGGAACGUAUACACAAUUCGUCGACAAGCUAUUGGGCUAUGUUGACGGCUCCAGACGAUCUGAAAACAGCUCGACGGACUUGGUCGGCAAUUUUCAUACAGUUCGCGACACAAGCAAUGGUCGGUUCGGGGUUUGUCUCUGGGUACGGUAUCCAAAUCUUCGAGACUGGUGGAUGGUCGUCCGAGCUAGCAGCACUUCUUGCAGGAAUGGGUAUUAUCACUCAAGCGGCCUUUGGUCUUCCUGGUGCUUUGCUUUCCGACACUAUAGGUCGCCGUAAAGCCAUGAUUGGUGGGUCAGCCAUUGGGGCCGUCGUUCUGGCUCUGAUUGGCAUGUGCGGCUACUUCGUCAACACGUACACACACACAAAUCCGGCACUAGCUAAAUCCUAUGGCUCGGCAACAGUUGCUUUGGUGUUCCUCUGGGAUGCCAUUUUUGGCGCAACGUGGCGUAUGUCCUUCUAA